AUGAGCAUCUCUUUUCUGCCCAGAGGUUGCCUCUUUCUCAUCCACCAGCUCAAGAAGCCUGGCGGCUUUUCGCUCCAGCCUGGACAGCGCUGCCUGGGCUGCGGCUCUCCGGCAGCUGCUCUUCGUUCACCGAAGAGAUGUCCCCACGAUUCGGCAGUAAAGCAGAUCAAGUCCCCACGGACUCCUGUGGCCCAAUUCCCGCCCGUCCAGCUGUGGGAAUCAGGCUUUUCCCGGAGAAAACCCCAGGAAUCUAAUUUAGAGAAAACUCCUAAGUCCCACCCACCCCCAAACCCGCUCCCAGCCCCAGAGGAAACUGGAAAACCAGGAGAAAUUCCUUUCCCCCGCUGUGAUACGUGCACGCAGGCAGCCGCGGGGGCUGCCUCGGGAGCAGCGACUGCGUCCUUCGGGUCAGCGAACGCAGGCAGAAGACAGACAACAGGCAUCAAAAAAGUUCCUGCUAGACUGCAGAGGAGGGUGGAGAGGAGCGGGGCGGUGAGAGACGAAAUUCCCGUGGUCCAGCUGUCCUGA